AUGGCGUCAAAGACCACUGCUCCCUAUGGGGAAUGGAAAUCGCCCAUCUCGAUUGAAUCUGUUGCUUCAAAAACCCGAAGCCUUUCUGCCCCCAGAGCUAGCCCCAAGUCCGGCAGGGCCUUUUACACCGAGAGUAGAGAAGAUGGAAGCACAGCUAUCAUCGAGAUCACAAAGGGCGGAUUGAAUGAGGUACUUCCAGCCGAGUAUAGCGCCAAAAACACAGUCUACGAAUACGGAGGCUCACCCUACGCCAUCCUGUCUGAUGACCGCAUCAUAUUCUCCAACAAGGGCAACACGGUUCAUAUCCUCAACCCAGACACCAAGGAAGUCAGCCAUCUGACCUCAUCCCCCAACUUAAGAUACUCGAACUUUGAUGCCAAUCCAACUUCUCCCUGGGUGCUGGCUAACCAGGAAGACCACGAGCAUGACACACCAGACCAAAUCCGCAACUACAUUGUGGCCAUCAACACUGAAACAUCUGAAGUCAGGCGGAUCCGGGACAAUGCUGAUUUCUACUACACACCUCACUUCAGUUUUGAUGGGACAAAAGUCGCCUGGCUGGAGUGGAACCACCCAGACCUUCCUUUUGACGCGGCGAAGCUGUACUCUGCGACUUGGAACCCGGACGGUUCAGUUUCAGACGUUCACAUUAUCGCCGGAGAGAGCCGUGAAGGUGUUGCUGAACCUCGAUGGGGCCCUGACGGCAGUCUUUUCUUUGGGAAAGAAGAAGGGGCAUUCCGAAAGCUAUUCCGAGUCGCCCCUGGUGCAGAUGUACCUGCUGAGAUUAAGCUCGAAGGCCUGGACAACGCGGAAUUUGGAGACCUGCGUUGGUUUCAAGGAAGUCACACAUACGCGCCAUUAUCGUCCCGCUUCUUGGUUGCCGCUCCCGUAACCCUUGGGGUAUCAAAGGUGAUUAUUGUUGAUCUUGAGACGGGUUCAUGGAAAGAAGUUGGAGAUCCAUCAAUUCUAUCCGAGGUCAUUCUGGACUCAGUGGCUCGUCUAGAUGAUACUUCGUUCAUCAUCACGGGAGCUGGGACGACGUCUGCCCUAGCGCUCUACCGAGUUAACAUUACCGACUCUGUUCAGAUUACAAAGUUGCGUAACUCGACAGAGGAGGCUUUCCCGGAUUCCAUAUACUCUCUGCCGGAAUCGCUCACAAUCUCCUCCAAAGGACAGCCGCAUCGCAAAAUCCAUGGUUUCCUCUGGAUGCCACAUAAUCCCGACUUCGUAGCACCAGAAGGGGAUCGGCCGCCUCUCAUCAUGCUGAGCCAUGGGGGUCCCACCUCGUUCACAGGCCUGGGACUCAAACUCCGGAUUCAAUACUUUACUUCGAGGGGAUACGCAUACCUUGCUCUGAACUACAAUGGAUCUAGUGCCCAUGGCCGCGCGUAUCGAGAAGCCCUCUUUGGUAACUUUGGCUUGGUGGACUCAGAUGAUGCUGCAGAGUUUGCCAUCUACCUCGCCGAGACGGGAAAGACGAGGAUUGGGGCAGCAGGGAUCACUGGUGUCAGCGCAGGAGGAUACAACACCCUUCGAACCUUGACUCGUCACCCCUUGGCCUUCGCCGGUGGCGUCUGCCUUUCUGGUAUCAGCGACGUCAAGCGCCUCGACGAAUCCACUCACAAGCUGGAGUCGGACUACGUGGAACAUCUGGUUCUGAGACCAGGUGUAGGCAAGGGCGAAAUGGAUCGGAUCUGCCGCGAGCGAAGUCCAUUGUUUGACGCCCACAAAACCAAGGCACCACUGCUGCUGUUGCACGGAAAGAAGGACAUGGUUUGUCCUCUGGACCAGGCAGAACAAAUGGCCGAUGCAAUCAAGGAGGCAGGAGGAGAUGUCAAGCUGAUUGUUGCCCCAGAUGAGGGACAUGGUUUCUAUCAGCCCGGGAACGUGAAGAUGUGGUUGGAAGAAGAAGAGAAGUGGUGGCGAAAGACGCUACUCUAA